AUGGCAUUCAGACCCACCUUCUUCUCCUCCUUCCUCCACAACCACGCCCCAUCUCCCUCCUUAUUCUCCCGUAACAUCCGCACAUUCCACGCCCGCCCAUCUUUCACCCCUCGCGCCGUCGCCAUCGCCCGACCACACCCUUCCCAAUCCCGAGCAUUCUCGCCGUUGGGCCUCGGUAUCGCUGCUUCUCUGUCUCUCUUCACCCUCUCUUAUAGCCUUCCAUCCAAGGCUGUCAAAUGCGAGCAGACCAAUGGCUGGCACGGAUCCUCUGCCGCCCAACAGCUGCCAACCCGAGCGAACGUGUCUGGUGAACCGAGGAGCAUUUUGGACGAGAAGAAGCCGCAGAGCAUUGUGAAUACCUACGAGCUCAGUUUCGGAGCUGUCUGUGGUAUCUGUGCCGGAGUAUUUGUCAAGAAGGGUGCGAAGGCUCUGGCAUUCUUGCUGGGUGGCGCGUUCGUCUUUCUCCAGUACAUGUCUAGCAAGUCGUAUAUCACUGUCGACUGGGCCAAGAUCGGUUCCAAGUAUGACUCUGCUUUCGGCACCAAGACACCUACCGGCGUUCGAGGGCCUACUAUCGGCAAGGUCUGGGGAGGCUUUGUUGACUUCGUCACCGCCAACUUCCAACAGCGGGCAAGUUUCCUCGCUGGCUUGGCCUUGGGUCUCCGUCUUGGAUAG